AUGGGAUCUGCGCGUGUUCAAAAAGUGCGUCGGAAGACACAGAGGUGGUCAGACAAGAGCUACAAGAAGUCUCACCUAGGAAAUGCGUGGAACAAGCCUUUUGCUGGUUCUUCUCAUGCAAAAGGAAUCGUCCUUGAGUUGAUAGGAGUCGAGGCCAAGCAGCCUAACUCUGCCAUCCGUAAGUGUGCUAGAAUACAACUUGUCAAGAACGGAAAGAAAGUUGUUGCUUUUGUUCCCAACGAUGGUUGUUUGAACCUUCUUGAACCAAAUGACGAGGUGUUGAUCUCUGGAUUUGGUCGUAAGGGUCAUGCUGUGGGAGAUAUUCCUGGAGUUAGGUACAAGGUAGUCAAGGUUUCUGGUGUUUCACUCUCGGCUCUUUACAGGGGAAAGAAGGAGAAGCCAAGGUCUUAA